AUGAAGCUUGUUCGUUAUCUUCCCCUUCUCUCCCUUUUUGGCGUGGUGUGGGCCUUCAAGACCUCAUUCGUCGAAGACGACGAAGAAGAGGACUUCAACAUCGAUGACACGGAGCCCCAGGAUUUCGGCAACUUCGCCGACCUUGCGAUCGCCUUCCCGGUCGCGAUCAGCAACAUCAGCAACUGCACAAGCCUCCUCAGCGGAAGGGACGUCCACUCCGGGAACAUCACGCUGCCCGUCGGUGAGUCCCAGUACGAGGACCUGGAGAUGCUCUUCGACAAAGUCAGCGGCUACUACACGGUGCUCCACGCCAGCAUGGACGGCGGGGAUGGGCCUGUGUACUGCCCAGAAAAAUCCCUGCCACACCUCCGGGGCUGUGUGGGUAUUGGCCUCUGCUUGCUCUCGCGUGAUGUGCCAGAGUACAUCGAUAUGUCGAUGUACACCUCCUACCUGGAGAUGCUAGACCGGUUCGAGGAGCAGACCUGGCCGAUCCUGGAGAGGCAGAUCGCAAUCGAAGGGACGUCGGUCCACUUGACCCUGGACACGCCGAUCCCGGAGAAGUAUUCCUGUAACAGUUUCGGUGAGACGCAGACCUUCCAAGCGAGCCUGCUCCAAGAAGACUUGUCCUCCACCCUCUCCAUCUCAUCGGCCAUGGCAAGCGCCACGCACCUCACGCACCAGCUCCUGGAUGCCCAUGUCGCAAAUGCCUCGAUGGACACGAUGGUGGACCAAAUCCAGAAUGCUUGGAGGCCGAUCUGCCACAAGCUCUCUUGCGACCCUUCGAAUUUCUGGGACAUUCAUUUCGCCUCGCACGCGCAGACCAUGUCACUGGCAGAGGUGGGCUCCGCCACCACAGUGCGCGCGGAGGUCCGGAAGCGUCUGGGGCUGGAACGCCGCGUCAAGGCUUUCAUGGUGGAACAUGCUGAGCGGAUGGCCUCAAUGAUCCACACUGAAACCCAAUCGCGAGCCGGUCGUUUCUUCGACUACAAUUCCAAGUCUCAUUCCGCAGUGGCAACUUGGAAGGAGUAUGGGCGAAGAGGAAAAGACGCCAUGAUGGAGUUUGUGGUGCCUUACUCCUCAGCCAUUGCCCGCGUGAACGAGACGCGUGCCACGGUCGCCUUCGAUCAGGUCGAGUACCGAAAGUUUUGCCGAGAUGAGGACCAGAAACGAGCUCGAGGGGAUCCCCACGCCGCCAGGGCUUUGCUGGUGAGCAGACAGUCAUCUGUCCUGAGUCACACGGGGGACAUGGAGCUGGACGAAGAUGCGGACCUGGAGGAUGAGCAGGUGACUCGGCAUGGGAAAGGCUUCUUCAAGAAGGUCGGCAAAGUCGUCAAGAAGGCCGCCAAAGCAGUCGGGAAGGCCGUUGUGAAGGUAGCCAAGUUCAUCAUCAAGUUGUUUGCUUGCAUCGGUGACAUCUUUGAAUUCGUCACCACUGGCUAUGCCAAAGACAUCGUCCCCGGAAACGUGGCCUUCGGGGCUGGUGUUACAGCGGGUGACAUGGGAACGGGGCUCUACAACCUCAUGAAGGGGCAACCACCGGUGACCUGGAUCUCGCUUGACAUCGGCUUCGCUAUCGGUGUGACAUACAAAGCGGCCUGGGCGGGUUUCGGAGUGGGUGUGGGCGCCAGCUGCUCCGCUGCUGGCUGCGUUGCUUACGUGGGCGUCGGUGUCCUUGGCACCGUCAACCUGCCCAUGCUGGUCCCUACCAUAUUCUGCCCUUUCGGUGCAUACAUUGGGGACCCGGUCACGGGCUUCCAGUGCUCCCAGGUCUUCGGUGGCUCCAUCACAGCAUUUUGCUGCAACUUUGACCUAAUUACCGGAAAGAAUGAUUGCCGCUAG